CGAUUUUAUUGCGAAAAUACAAACGAUCGCCACAUUGGACACUUCAUCUUUUGACUUCACACUGCAAAAUAAUUCGAGCAAAUGAGUCGAUUAUAUGAUACUAUUGAACCUACAGUGAUUGAUAGACAGUUGCUACACAACGCUGUGUUUUCACUACUGGAAAAAGGGACUAUAAGCGAACUUGCCAGACAAGAGGGAGUUAAUUUCGAAAAUGUUACACAUUUACGAUUAGAUUACAAAAAUAUUUUAAAAAUGGACAAUUUAUGGGCAUUUAAACUGCUUGUUAAAUUACAACUGGAUAAUAAUAUCAUUGAAAGAAUUGAAGGCAUUGAUCAUUUAACACAUUUACGCUGGCUCGACUUAUCAUUUAAUAAUAUUGAAAAAAUUGAAGGUUUACAAAAUCUAGUAUGCCUAGAAGAUUUGACUUUAUACAACAAUCGAAUCACUUCAUUAGAAAACAUGGAAAAUUUAAAAAGACUACAAGUCUUUUCAGUUGGAAAUAACAAUAUAAGUGAACUAUCGAAUAUAAGGUACCUUAGACAAUUCCAUCACUUAAAAUCUUUGUGUUUCCGUGGCAAUCCAGCAAGUGAAGGUGAUGAAUACAAGUUGUAUAUACACGCUAUGCUACCGAAUCUAUUGUAUUUAGAUUAUCAAAGAACUGAUGACAGCCUAAAUAAUGAAGCAUAUGAAAAAUAUCAGUUAGAAGUGGAUGAAAUCAUUAGCGAAGAAGAAACUUCACUGAAACUAGAAAAAGCAAAUGCUGAAAUGGAAGCUAAAAAAAGAAUUGCAUAGACAGGGUUUUGUAGAAGGAAUGGAUGAUGCCAAUAUCUUUCAAAAGCUUUUUAUUGAUGAUCCAGAUGGAAGAGAACUUUUAGUAGUACCUGAAUUGUAUAACAGUAUUGAAUUAUAUCCUUUCUACUUCAUUUAAGAGAGAAGCUUUUUCGAGGUGAUGUGAUAACUAUUUCUUAGCGACUACUGCUCGAAAUUAGAAAGCAUCUGACUAGUGGAAAUACCAUAGCUGAUUCAUUUUAAAUCGCUCUGAGUAUUGACCUGAAGGGUUUCAGAUAGUUUCGCACCAUAAUUUUUCAAUUAACUUCUUAGUCUUUUCCGCACCCAUUCAAGAACUCAUUAUACAUAGAUCAAAUUAAAAUCAGUUGAACAAGGGGGACUAUAAAGGCUACCCUAGCAACUGAUGAGACAGCCAAUUACAUUCCUUAGUUUUAUGGUAAAGUCCUUUCUAUGAGAAGUACCAAAAACGUAUCAGAAGGCAUUAUAAGGCUGGGUAAUAUUUCGAGUAAAACUGCGAUAGCUAAAAACUUACCAACGUGUGUAAUUUUUCACCAAAAAUGUAGUUAUAAUAAACUAGUAUAAUUUGUUUUCAUUCCCAAAUAAAAACGUCGCUUAUUCACUGGGCGCAAAAUUCAAAUAAAACAUCUUUUCAGAUUCAAAGCCUCUCUGAUGGAAGCCUAAUCUAAUGCCAGCUUUUACGUCAAAGUAUUCAGGCUUUAGACGGUUUGAAGUUUGUUCAUACUGUCUUCCCAACCUGACAGCUGCAGGUUAAUGUUAGAACGUUGUG